UUCGUUCCGCGCGUUACAAGAGUCGAAAGGAGUCGCAGUCGCCGUCGCCGUUGCCUUCACCGUCGCCGCUCCCCCGCCAACUGGUUAGGCUCAGUCUCAUCCCAGCGCUCGUGGCAAGAACAACACUCCGCCUUGGCUCCUGGCAGCGCGGUCGCGGCUCGCAGAGAAUCUCCCCCGUGCGUUCGUUUCAUUUUUGUCGUCUGUCAGCCAAUCGCUUCGAGAUCUGGAAGAUCCGAAACUCGCGCAUCGCGAGUGUAGAGAUUCAAAUUGGAAAUGGUGCCUGCGCCCACCAGCAGCGUGAGGCAAAAUGUGUGAAAUGGGCUACCUGAGAAAAUGCCCAAGGAGUGCUCAAACAUAUCGAAACAAACCAGCAGAUAGGGUAUCUUUAGUGCCCCAGUGAACGUGAACAGUGCUUGAAUUUGAUACGCUAUUUUUUGCAACGCCUUCUGACAAACUGCAAACGGAAUACAAUCAAUACUCUCUAAGUCAACUCUAACAUAAUUCGAAACGCUUGGAAUAUAUAGAUCUUACUGCCUCUCCAUAAUCACAGCUAUGAUGCACACGUCGCCAGUUGAGGCGACCCCCAGCAACCUCAGCAUGUUCUCCCGUCAGUGCCUUUCCCAUCCAGCCCCCUCGCCACCCACAGCCGCCGUUUCCCGCCCUACAACCCGUGCCCCCCGAUGGACAUGGGCGCUCAGCUUCUGGGCGCUGGUGAUCACCAGCGGUUGCUUAAUGCUCAACGCACCGACGGCGACGGCAUUUGAUAUCGCCACGUGCAAUGUGCCCCUGGGGAUGGAGUCCUUAGUAAUAACAGAUGCUCAAAUCACAGCGAGUUCAGCCCACGACAUGGGUUUUGUAGGGCCUCAACAUGCAAGACUGAAAACCGAUAAUAACGGAGGAGCUUGGUGCCCCAAGCACAUGGUGUCCAAUGCCUUGAAGGAGUACCUGCAGGUCGACCUGCUUCAAACGCACGUGAUCACAGCGAUACGAACCCAGGGCCGCUUUGGCAAGGGUCAGGGCCAGGAGUACACCGAGGCUUACGUUCUCGAGUACUGGCGUCCGGGCUUCGACAAGUGGCAGCGCUGGAAGAACAUUCAGGGCAAGGAGAUUCUGCCCGGCAACAUCAAUACUUACAGCGAGGUAGAGAACGCCCUGCAGCCAAUCAUCUUCGCCUCGAAGAUCAGGAUCUAUCCGUACGGACAGUAUGACCGCACCGUCUGCCUGCGGGCCGAGAUCGUCGGUUGUCCAUGGGAAGAGGGCAUCGUAUCCUACAGCAUUCCCAAGGGCGUGCAGCGCGGCAUGGAGGUCGAUCUGUCGGAUAAAACCUACGACGGCAACGAGCAGGGCGAUCGCUAUGUGGACGGCCUUGGUCAGUUGGUGGACGGGCAAAAGGGCAAGGAUAACUUCCGCACCGACAUUCACGGAUUCGGCAAGGGUUAUGAAUGGAUUGGCUGGCGGAACGACACGCCCGGACUGCUGGGAAAGCCGGUCGAAAUUGUAUUUGAAUUCGAUACGGUUCGCAACUUCAGCGCCAUCGUGCUCCAUACAAACAAUAUGUUUACCAAGGAUGUUCAGGUAUUUGUGCAUGCCAAGGUUUUCUUUAGCAUUGGCGGGCGCUACUUCUCGGGAGAACCAGUGCAGUUCUCCUACAUGCCCGACACCAUAAUGGACCAUGCCCGGGAUGUGACUAUCAAGCUGCACCAUCGGGUGGGCAGAUAUUUGAAAAUCAAUUUGUACUUUGCCGUCAAAUGGAUUAUGCUGUCGGAGAUCAGCUUUAUAUCCGUGCCCGCCCUGGGAAAUUUCACGGACGAGCAGGAGCAAAGGAGCAACUCUCCGAGUCAGACGCAGGAUACCUACGACGACCCUAGGAGCAACGAGUACCAGCCCAACAGGAACAAACCGAACGGGGUUGGCGGCUCUGAAGGAGGCCCUGGAGAGGGCGUGGCAACGUCGGGGGGCAGUCCCGGCGGCAACAACAAGUUCAACAACGGCCCGCAGUUAAUUGCGCCGCGCCCCAUCGAUCAGGAACCGAGCGACGCCAACUUCAUCGGAGUGGUCAUUGUAGUCCUGACGACGAUAAUAAUCCUGCUGGUGGCCGUCAUCCUGUUCAUUGUCUCGCGGACGAAACGGGCCCGCGGCAGCAACGUCCUGGACGCGUUCCAGUACAGCUUCAAUCCCAACACCCUCGGCGGCAACGUGGACAAGCACCGUCCGAACGGUAACAGCAUCAAGGCCAGCGUGGACGACAAUGACUCGAUAGGCAAGAACAGUCUUUACCACGAACCAUUCAAUGUUAACAUGUACACCAGCGGCGUGAACGGCUAUGCGGCGGUUAAUGAUUUACAGUGCAAUAUGACUCCAGACUAUACAGAUGUGCCGGAAGGUGGUUACGCCGUGCCCCACAUGCAGGACUAUAUGCCCUCAUCGAAAAUGGCUGGUGGAGCGGUGGGCGGAGGAGGCUAUGUGAACGUGCGUCGCACUCCGCCACCACCGUUGAGCAGCAUUUUUCCUCGACCGCCCACAGUUCCUCCGCCACCCAUGGAGAAAUAUUACGCCACCACGGCCAUCUUUAAGCCUCUCAAGGGACCGGGCUCGGAGCGCAGCGGGUGCAGCAGCAACACCAACACGGUGAGCAGCGGUGGCGGCAAGAGCAGCCACAGCCACAGCAGCCACUGCAGCACUGGCGGUCAGGACCACAGCGGCAUCUAUGAUGACGGCAUAGGCACCAUGAACUCCAAGGCCACCGCACCCAUGAUCAACCCAUAUAGCAGCGGGAACAGCUCCUCGGCCGCGGCGGCCGCUGCAGCGGAGUUUCAGCGGGCCCGGACCUACAACUUCCGAAGCUACCCCGACAACCUCUAG